AUGGGGAAAGUUCUCAUCGGACACAGCCUCUACGUGCUGCCAAGGCUGCAGCGCCGCUUUGGGGGCGUCUUCAUGGACUCGCGCGGCUCGAGAUAUGACCGGGAACUGGAGCUCAUGGAGGAGGCGGAUCUGCUGGAGCCCGGGGCUGUCAUUGUGGCAGACAAUGUCCUCAAGCCUGGGGCGCCAUUGUUUUUGUGGCGCAUAACAAGGGACCCCUGCUUCGACACUGAGAUCUGCCCAGUGGGUGAGUUCGCCAUGCCGGCGAAGGACUGGGUGUCCGUGAGCGUGUACCGCUCGGGCGGCGCUUCGGCCGCAGGAGGCGCGCGGCCAACAUCUAUCCAGGUGCUUGAGGAGGAGCUGCGGCGUCUGCUUCUGGAGUGCCUUCCUGACGAGGAGGAGGCUUUGUGCAAGAUGGGCUUUCAGCACUGCACGGAGUACAAGGAUGGCCAUAGCUACAUGGAAGGCUACUUCCACGCCCUGCCCCACUCAGCUGCCAGCGUGGAGUCCAUCCACCCACGGCACAUGCGCCGGAAGCUGCGGCGAGCAGCUGCGCCUCUGCCGCUGCGGGCCUUCAUUGAGGCGGUGCGGCGCUGCAACCGCCUUUCGCUGGAGGCCAUGCAGGCGGAGCUGCGGAGGUCCGGCGAAGGCAAGCACCUGGCUGACGUGCUGGCGCGGUCCGCGCACUUCGCCGACCUGUCAAUUCAGAUCCACUGGGGAGAGGAGGUACUGGCAGAGGAGGCGAUGUGGCACGUUGACGCGGCGAACUCCUUCCUCCACAUGGCCGUGGGCCUGCAGGGCCGCCGCGCCCUUCAUGCGAAGCGCGCGCGCCGACGAACUGCGAAAACUGCGGCAGAGCGACUGUGGCAAGAGCCGGGUGCCAGCUAUGUGGGCUCUCCCUGCUGCUACCCGCACGCCGUGGAGUAUCCAGAGGUCACCUGGGACCGGCGCAUCGUGGCAGUUCAGUGCCGUCUGCUGCUGACGGAAGAGGAGAUGUUUGGAGACCGGCAGAAUCUCAGCCUCUUGUUGGACACCGACCCUGAGGGCAACACUGCCAGCAUCGUGUUCCGCCAGACGGAAGCAUGGCCUUUCCGGUUGCCAGGAUUGGCAGAAGUGCAGGCCGUGAUGAAGGAGAUGGAGCUGAGCUGA